AUGUCCAUCUCUCCACUGGUGCUUCCUCUUCUGCUGCUACUGCUUCAUGCUUCACGAGCAACCCACUUCUAUGGGACAGUCAUGACUUUCGACCCCAAAGACACACAGCUUAAUGGGGCUGUCACGGUGAAGCUUCGCUACAAAUUAAAUUUUCGGGAGUGCCGGCACAGCACCUCUUGGGGGUGUUUGAGUGGCAACUGUGGGACCCUGAGGCCAACCCUGCAAGUGGUGGAUGAGGAGGACAGCGGGGAGUGGUGUCAGAGGGAAGGAGUCAUGACUCAACAGCUUCCAAACAACGCUCCGUUUCAGCUCAGGCUAAGCGGGGGUAACUGGAUAAGUUCAAUUCAAAAUGGCAUUGUUGCCUGGAGAGCCCUGACUCUGGUGGAUCUGAGGAACAGGUCUGACACGGGAAGAGCCAACAGGUCUCCACAGACUACCAUCCUGCCUGCCAUACGAGUUCCUUCAAACUGUGCCAGAAAUUUCAGCCUGUUGACAUUUGACCCCGAUGGGGAUCAGGUUAAAUGCAGAAAUGGGAGCACAACAGCGGGGGAGUGUAACCCUUGUACACCGCCCUCUGUUCUGAACCUUGAUCCAUCCUGUACGCUGUCGUUCCGCCCCACCAACAGCAGUGGGGAAGGCCCGUACGCGGUGCAGCUUGUGAUGGAAGACUUUCCCAACCAAUCUGUCACUCUCACCCAUACCAGUGGCUCCCAGACAAACAAGACAACAAGUGACCCGCUCAGCAAGCUCCCGGUCCAGUUUGUUGUCAGGGUGGAUCCUUCGGUGCCUUCCUGUAGCGAGGGACAGUAUCUGCCCCGGUUCCUACCCCCAACGCCUGCCCACAGAGCCCAGCUGUACGUCCCUGUUGGCCACACCCUGCUAAUCAACGUCAGCACAGAGGCAACUCAUUCCACGGUUUCAGAUCUGCUGUUUAGUGGACCCCACAACGUCAUUAAAUCGAACACGUCGGUCCCGGAACAGUUCAUCCUGAGUUGGACCCCUACGGAGUCUGAAAAUGGGGAAAACCAGCCCAUCUGCUUCGUCGUUCAGGCACUCAACAACUCACGCAAAUACCACUCGGAGCUGCGUUGUGUGAUUGUGACCGUGGGAAUCGGACCCGCGACCACGGCCGAGCCGAGCACAACCGUCCCACCGGGAAACGCAACAAGUUACGUCGUUGGCCUGAGGGUGAGGCUGUCUUCCACAACUCCGCUGACUGACGAUGACAUCGGGAACGUCGUUUUGCAACAGAUUAAAGAACAACUGGUUGGACAAGGACUACCCGCAGACAUCGCUCUUCGACUGAAAAGCAUCUCGUAGAAGAGCAGUGUGGCCAUGUAGCGCCCCUUGUUGGGCAAAUUCUUACAUUACCUCUUGAUUUUAAUGCCACUCUGGUUUUUGGUGGUGGUCUAAUAAUAGUUUCUUAUCAACUUUAAACAAUAACUAUAGCACUAACUGUCCUUUAUUUCCCUUUUGGU